UGUAGGCUACCUCGGCACAUAUGCCAUUCAAUCCAUGAGCGAAAUCUGAAAAUUAAUGAACGGAUAUGAAGGUAAACCUGGAACUGCUGCAUCACACGUUUCAACGCCCACUAGCAGAGUCGCAACACUACAUGGCAUGCCUCUUAACCACUCCGUCCGCACUGACUCGAGAAGGAUCAGAGAGAGAGAAAACACCCCCCUCCUCCUCCUCUUUUCUGGCAACUCCUCCCCAAGCACUCCCUGCUUGUGCAAAUGAGUAGUCAACCCGAGAGCAGAGCGCCGCGCAAUAACAAACUCAGCCUCCGCUCUGACUGCCAGGCGUGAAGAGGCAUUUCUAUACUGGAAGUGCAGCAAACGAGCUGAGAGAGCCCAGAUACCCCCGCACUCAAGUUCGGACAUGAGCCCGGGGAUCCGGAGAUGAGGCUCCGAAAUGGCACCUUCCUAACGGUCGUAUUGUUCGGUUUAUGCGGACUCAUUUCGCUCUCCUGGUACACUGCAUUCAGCAACUCCAAAGGUGAUGUGGUGGACAUUUACCAGCGGGAGUUUCUGGGCCUGAGGGAGCGUCUGCACUCUGCCGAGCAGGAAAACCUGAAGCGCUCCAAGGAGCUCAACCUGGUGCUGGACGAGAUCAAGAGGGCCAUCGCCGAGAAGCAGGCCCUCAGGGACAUCAACCGCACCUGGGCCAGCCUCUCCGACGAGACCAAGCUGAAGCUGUGGAAUGUGACGACCAAUAAGAAUGUGCUCCAGCUGCCCAGUAUCUUCCACCACCUGCCCCAUCUCCUGGCCAAGGAGAGCAGCCUGCAGCCCGCUGUGCACGUGGGCCAGGGACGCACCGGGGUGUCGAUCGUGAUGGGCGUGCCCAGUGUGAAGAGGGAGGUCCACUCCUACCUGACGGACACCCUCAGUUCUCUGAUGACAGAGCUCAGUGCCGCAGAGAAGGAGGACUGCGUCAUCGUGGUAUUCAUCGCUGAGACGGACCAACAAUAUGCCAACAGCGUGGCUGACAACCUCAAGCGCCUAUUUCCAGUUGAGAUCCAGUCAGGUCUUCUAGAGAUCAUCUCUCCAUCAGUCCACUUCUACCCCGAUUUCUCCCGUCUCAAAGAGUCCUUCGGAGACCCCAAGGAGAGGGUCAGAUGGCGGACAAAACAGAAUUUGGAUUACUGCUUCCUCAUGAUGUACGCCCAGUCCAAAGGGACCUACUAUGUGCAGUUGGAGGAUGACAUUGUGGCCCGUCCGAAUUACUUCACCACGAUGAAGAACUUUGCCCUGCAGCAGCCUUCUGAGGAGUGGAUGAUCUUGGAGUUCUCCCAGCUGGGCUUCAUCGGUAAGAUGUUCAAGUCCCUGGACCUGUCGCUGAUUGUGGAGUUUAUGCUAAUGUUCUACAAGGACAAGCCCAUUGACUGGUUGCUGGACCACAUCAUGUGGGUCAAGGUGUGCAACCCAGAGAAGGAUGCGAAACACUGCGACAGGCAGAAGGCCAACCUGAGGAUUCGCUUCAAACCCUCACUCUUCCAGCAUGUGGGCACCCACUCCUCCCUGGCCGGAAAGAUCCAGAAACUCAAGGACAAGGACUUUGGCAAGCAGACUCUGCACAAGGGCCACGCCAACCCGCUGGCAGAGGUGACCACCAGCCUAAAGACAUACCAGCACUUCACCCUGGAGAAGGCCUACCUGGGAGAGGACUUCUUCUGGGCUUUCACACCCGUGGCUGGAGACUUCAUCCGCAUCCGUUUCUUCACACCUGUCCGCAUCGAAAGGUAUUUCUUCCGGAGCGGGAACAUUGAGCACCCAGGGGACAAGCUGUUCAACACCUCUGUGGAGGUGCUGCCUUUUGACAAUAUCCAGUCUGAGAAAGAGGCCUUGAAAGAGGGGAGAGAGAAAACACCAAAAUACCACAGAACAGAGGACGGCUUUAUCAGAAUAGGAGUGUUUCAUAAUGGGAUCGCCGAGGGGGAGGUAGACCCCACGUUCGGGCCACUGGAGGCUCUUCGUCUCUCUGUGAUCACAGACUGCCCCGUCUGGGUGAUCCUGAGUGAGAUAUUCAUCAAGAAAGCAGAGUGAACUUCAACACCCCGCAGCAAUACCUCAGUCAUCCGUUUAUCCGUUCCGCAGAGGAACAUAGCCUUCACAAGCCAUACUCAUUCCUUGGCUUUUGGCAAUGAGUUUCUCGAGUGCGAUCAGAGUGCGCCAUCUUCUGACGCGAUCUUGCCAUCGCAGGGUACUACUGAGACCGUCAGCCCAAUUCACUGUUGACAGACCUCAUAGGAAGAUCUGCCCAGACGCGAAAUUGGAGAACGUGCGGCUCCGUGUGGACGACACACAGAGUACGCUGUAUUUAGGAAACUGUAUUUAUGUGUACAUAAAGGUUUAUGUUUUAAAUAACUGUAAUUACACUGGUAAUUGUCAAAUAGCUGGCGAGAUUGCCUCUCCCCUUUUGAUGACAAUAUGACAAUAAAAUAUUGCUGCUUCAGAAUCAAAGACUUGGCAACACAGUCAACCAGAUAUGACAAAAUUGUGCAACUUCAAUAUCAUUUAAUCAUGUAUGACAAAUGUUCCUGGUUUUACCCAAAUAUAUACAUAAAAUACCUAUGUAUGUGGAUAUUGGCCUAAUAUGCAUAUUUAUGUAACACAAUCAUAUGAAUGAUCUCUGUUAUGUGUGUUGAUAUGUAUAUACAGUGAGUGAAUGUCCACAAAAGUCCGUCAGAAAAGUAGCCUAGGCUUAUACAGUGUAGAAGGAAAUUGAACUUUAGCUAAAAAGUACAUACUUGUCUGUUUGAAUAAAAUGUAUUUAUAUGGUCAAUUCUAAAGCCAGAAGUCAAUGUAGGAACACUAUGAUUAUGGUUCGAACAUCUGUUUGUUGUUUAUUUCAUGGACCAUCAUUGCUUACAUAACCCCCCCUCCGCCUAUCAAUUUGCCUUAAUGUGACAUGGAGUAAACCCGGUUGUUGGGAUAAAUCAAUGUAAGCCAUGGCCAGACAUGAGCUCCUCUAUUGCAUUAGCUAGGAAACCAGAAAAGACAGCUGUCUCAAUAAUACAGGAAACAUACUGUAUAUCUGGCUUCGCUGUUGGAUUUGCUCCGUCUGCCAAAUAUCAGAUACAUGUUGUUAGUUGUAUCCAAGGGGCCACUGGAGAUGCACGUGGCUACAGAGUAAUUGUUUGGACUGGUCGGAUGUAAGAGAAAUAUGUAGCUCUAACCAAUGCAUGAAGAAUCAUCUUUACUGUCAAUUGGAUCUUUGUUUCUCAUAAUGACCAUGAAGAAGUCAAGGAAAGACCCCUCUGUCUGAUUUAAGUUCCACUCAAGUGAGGUCUGAAAGAGAGAAACUGUCCAAUAUGACAACCCCUCUCUUUCCACAUAGUCUGCACUACUAUUACAUUGAGUUGGAAGUCAAACUUAUUCAAGGACUGUAAUUGUCCCGACACCAGACUUAUACAGUACAUCUUCCAAAUAGGCUCUGUAAAUGCACAGGCUACACUCAACUUUUAUGCAUUACUACGAUGCAAAGGGUAAAUAGCAGUAAAGGGACACAUUAAUUUGCUUUUGUAUACUUGGAUCCACAUACUAUUUUUUUUCCCAGAGCCCUACCACAAAACCCUUGAAAGCUCUUGAUCGAAAAUCUAAAAGAGUUGUGUCGGCAAAGAACAAUAUUAUGGGAUUUCAGCCAAUACGCGUGUACUGAAAAAUAAUACGCUUGGGAACUUAUAGCAGCUUCGAGGCCGCUUUCCUAUCGAAUACCGACAGGCAACAGUUGCUAAUUCUGUUCAACAUCAACACAGUUUCUCAGCAACGACAGAAAUAAACUGGUUUUCCGUUCAUUGAGGUGUGCACUCCAGGGUCAGUCAGCGCAAACUGGAGGUUGUGCCAAAACGAUUUGUCUUAGCAGCCCCAUCAAUGUUGUUGGUAUGGCCGCUAUACAAUAGCAGGUGCACGGUUGCAUUAAAUCAACGGAGGGCAAUGGACAGAAAAAUCUGAACUGUACCCAAUGACUCUGACCGGCCCUGUGCUAAGAAGGAGAAAUUGUUUUAUUUUCUUGUAAGAGCCACUGGAAUGCAUUGCUAUUAUACGUUGUAUUUUGUAUCGUUUAGAUAAAAUAUAUUUAAUGACGUUAUCUUCUAUCCAAUCUGUGAAUUGUAAUAAAGACAGAAUUUCAAUUGA